AUGACUACUAUUCACGAUCCUACUAUGGAGGAAUACACCUAUUUCAAGAGAAUCAAACGCCCUAAGGCCUCUUUGAAGUAUGCCGUGGAUGCAGAAACUGCAAAUGCUGCAAAUUCUGCAAAUGCUAUGAAAUUUGUUCAUCCUGCGCCUUCUACGAAUUCUACGCCUCCUGCGAAUUCUGCGCCUCCUGCGAAUUCUACGCUCUCUGCGAAUUCUGCGCUCCCUGCGAAUUCUGCGCUCCCUGCGCCUCCUACGCCUCCUGCGAAUCUUACGCUCCUUGCGAAUCCUACGCUCCCUGCGAAUUCUGAAAAUAAGCCACAAUAUCUACGAAAGCUAUAUGCCCUUGAUCGAUAUAAUCAAGAGAUAAGUGGCUCUGAUAACCACGCAAAACUGAAUUCGUACUAUUCAAAGAAAUUGCAAAAAGUCUGCUUCGAGGACCUGGAGCUAUUCUACGGCAACGGCCACCACGACCUCCCAAAGCUAGCUGCAAUCUCCGUACUAAAUCAGUACCAAAAGAUAGCUACAAGGGGCAUUCGUGGGUCAAAGGAGAUCGCUGGCGCCGCUGUCAAUCAUGCAAUCCUACUCCUAAACUAG